AUGGCCCCGGUGCAGCUGGAGAACCACCAGCUGAUCCCACCCGGAGGCGGCGGCGGGGGCCCCGCGUCUGCCCCGGCGCCCCCGCCGCCGGGAGCUGCCGUGGCGGCGGCAGCUGCGGCUGCAGCCAGCCCUGGCUACCGACUGAGCACGCUCAUCGAAUUUCUGCUGCACCGGGCCUACUCGGAGCUUAUGGUAUUGACGGACUUGCUGCCAAGGAAAUCUGAUGUGGAAAGGAAAAUAGAAAUUGUACAAUUUGCUAGCCGGACACGCCAACUCUUCGUUCGAUUAUUAGCUUUAGUAAAAUGGGCCAAUGAUGCUGGCAAAGUAGAAAAAUGUGCGAUGAUCUCAAGCUUUUUAGAUCAACAAGCUAUCUUAUUUGUGGACACUGCUGAUCGCUUGGCCUCAUUAGCUAGAGAUGCUCUGGUCCAUGCACGCUUGCCUAGUUUUGCCAUUCCAUAUGCCAUUGAUGUACUGACUACUGGCUCUUAUCCACGGCUCCCAACCUGCAUUAGGGAUAAAAUUAUUCCUCCAGACCCAAUUACCAAAAUUGAGAAACAAGCCACACUCCAUCAGCUCAAUCAGAUUCUUAGACAUAGGCUUGUAACCACAGAUCUUCCACCUCAGCUAGCAAAUCUCACAGUGGCAAAUGGCCGUGUGAAGUUUCGAGUUGAAGGAGAAUUUGAAGCCACCUUGACAGUGAUGGGAGAUGACCCUGAAGUUCCAUGGCGCCUUCUCAAGCUAGAAAUUCUAGUUGAGGAUAAGGAAACAGGAGAUGGGCGAGCUUUGGUUCAUAGUAUACAAAUCAACUUUAUCCAUCAACUGGUACAGUCUAGGCUCUUUGCUGAUGAGAAACCUCUUCAGGACAUGUACAACUGCCUACAUUCUUUCUGCUUAUCACUUCAAUUAGAAGUGUUACACUCCCAGACUCUAAUGUUAAUCCGAGAGAGGUGGGGAGACCUUGUACAGGUGGAAAGGUAUCAUGCUGGAAAGUGCCUGUCCCUUUCAGUUUGGAAUCAACAGGUUCUAGGGAGAAAAACAGGCACAGCGUCUGUUCACAAAGUUACAAUUAAAAUUGAUGAGAAUGAUGUCUCCAAGCCUUUACAGAUUUUCCAUGAUCCUCCUUUGCCAGCUUCUGAUUCCAAAUUAGUAGAAAGAGCCAUGAAGAUUGAGCACUUGUCAAUAGAAAAGCUCCUGAUUGACAGUGUUCAUGCAAGAGCCCAUCAGAAGCUCCAGGAGCUGAAGGCCAUUCUUCGAAGCUUCAACGCUAAUGAAAACUCUUCCAUAGAGACUGCACUUCCUGCUCUUGUUGUUCCCAUCUUGGAGCCCUGUGGUAAUUCAGAGUGUCUACACAUUUUUGUCGAUUUGCAUUCUGGAAUGUUCCAGUUGAUGCUUUAUGGACUUGAUCAGGCCACUCUGGAUGACAUGGAAAAAUCUGUGAAUGAAGACAUGAAACGGAUCAUUCCUUGGAUUCAGCAGCUUAAGUUUUGGCUUGGACAACAGCGUUGCAAACAAUCUAUAAAGCACCUCCCUACAAUAAGCAGUGAAACAUUGCAGCUUUCCAAUUACUCAACGCAUCCUAUUGGAAAUCUAUCUAAGAAUAAGCUGUUCAUUAAACUUACCCGUCUUCCACAGUACUACAUUGUUGUGGAGAUGCUGGAGGUUCCUAAUAAACCAACACAGCUGUCAUACAAGUACUAUUUCAUGUCUGUGAGCACUGUAGAUCGUGAGGAUACCCCUGUCAUGGCAGUGCUGCUACAGCAAUUCAAGGACAACAUCCAGGACUUAGUUCCCUGUACAAAAACUGGGAAACACACCAGAACUGGUACAAAGCACAAGUUGUCUGAUGAUCCAUGUCCAGUAGAAUCCAAGAAAACCAAACGAUCAGGAGAAAUGUGUGCCUUUAAUAAAGUUCUAGCUCACUUUGUUGCUAUGUGUGACACAAACAUGCCAUUUGUAGGACUUCGAUUGGAGCUGUCCAAUUUGGAGAUUCCGCAUCAAGGAGUGCAAGUGGAAGGUGAUGGCUUCAGCCAUGCAAUUCGCUUAUUAAAAAUCCCUCCCUGUAAGGGUGUAAAUGAGGAAACCCAAAAGGCCCUGGACCGCUCUCUUCUCGAUUGCACUUUCCGAUUACAAGGUAGAAAUAACCGCACGUGGGUUGCAGAGUUAGUGUUUGCAAAUUGUCCGCUCAAUGGCACUUCUACCAGGGAGCAAGGACCAUCCCGACAUGUUUACCUGACAUAUGAAAACCUGUUAUCUGAACCUGUUGGUGGUAGAAAAGUGGUUGAAAUGUUCCUUAAUGACUGGAACAGCAUUGCACGAUUAUAUGAAUGUGUGCUGGAGUUUGCACGCUCUCUUCCAGAUAUACCUGCUCAUCUGAAUAUUUUCUCAGAAGUUCGUGUUUAUAAUUACCGAAAACUUAUCUUGUGUUAUGGAGCCACCAAAGGAAGCUCAAUUAGUAUCCAGUGGAAUUCCAUCCAUCAGAAAUUUCAUAUUUCUUUGGGAACUGUUGGCCCAAACUCAGGUUGCAGUAACUGUCAUAAUACUAUUCUCCAUCAGCUUCAAGAAAUGUUCAACAAAACGCCAAAUGUGGUUCAGUUAUUACAGGUAUUGUUUGAUACUCAAGCACCAUUAAAUGCCAUCAACAAACUCCCCACUGUGCCAAUGUUAGGCUUAACCCAGAGAACCAACACUGCCUACCAGUGCUUCUCCAUUCUACCACAGUCAUCUACCCACAUCAGACUGGCCUUCAGGAACAUGUACUGCAUUGACAUAUACUGCCGCAGUAGAGGCGUUGUGGCAAUACGGGAUGGUGCCUAUAGUCUUUUCGAUAACAGCAAAUUAGUUGAAGGUUUCUAUCCUGCACCAGGAUUAAAGACAUUCCUGAAUAUGUUUGUGGACAGCAAUCAAGAUGCUCGAAGAAGGUCUGUAAAUGAGGAUGAUAAUCCCCCUUCUCCUAUAGGAGGUGAUAUGAUGGACUCUUUAAUAUCCCAGCUCCAGCCACCGCUUCAGCAGCAGCCAUUUCCAAAGCAGCCAGGGACAUCAGGCGCUUAUCCUCUUACUUCACCCCCUACUUCCUAUCAUAGCACAGUUAACCAGUCUCCUUCUAUGAUGCACACACAGUCUCCAGGAAAUCUGCAUGCUGCCAGCUCCCCCAGUGGGGCUCUGAGGGCCCCAUCACCAGCAUCAUUUGUUCCAACUCCUCCCCCAUCCUCGCAUGGAAUCUCAAUAGGACCAGGGGCCAGUUUUGCUAGUCCACAUGGAACUCUUGACCCUAGUUCCCCAUACACCAUGGUGUCACCAAGUGGAAGAGCAGGAAACUGGCCAGGGUCUCCUCAAGUGUCUGGACCCUCACCAGCCACCCGCUUGCCUGGAAUGUCACCUGCCAACCCAUCUCUACAUUCUCCGGUUCCAGAUGCUUCUCAUUCCCCUCGAGCUGGAACAAGCUCCCAAACAAUGCCAACAAACAUGCCUCCACCUCGCAAACUACCUCAGCGCUCCUGGGCUGCAUCUAUACCUACCAUCCUCACUCACAGUGCCUUGAACAUCUUAUUGCUCCCCUCUCCAACGCCAGGCCUCGUGCCUGGCCUGGCAGGCAGUUACCUUUGCUCCCCACUUGAAAGGUUCCUUGGAUCGGUCAUCAUGAGACGACACCUUCAGAGGAUCAUUCAACAAGAAACGCUGCAGCUGAUAAAUUCUAAUGAACCUGGAGUAAUCAUGUUUAAGACAGAUGCCUUGAAAUGCAGAGUAGCCCUUAGUCCCAAAACCAACCAGACCCUUCAGCUAAAAGUGACGCCUGAAAAUGCAGGCCAGUGGAAACCUGAUGAACUUCAAGUUUUGGAGAAAUUCUUCGAAACAAGAGUUGCAGGACCACCAUUUAAAGCCAAUACACUGAUAGCUUUCACCAAGCUGUUAGGAGCACCUACACACAUCCUCAGAGACUGUGUGCAUAUUAUGAAGCUGGAGCUGUUUCCUGACCAGGCAACACAGCUAAAAUGGAAUGUUCAGUUUUGUCUGACGAUCCCUCCCAGCGCACCACCGAUUGCACCUCCUGGGACGCCCGCUGUAGUGCUGAAAUCCAAAAUGCUCUUUUUUCUUCAACUAACUCAGAAAACAUCAGUCCCUCCCCAAGAACCUGUUAGUAUUAUAGUUCCAAUCAUUUAUGACAUGGCUUCAGGUACAACCCAGCAGGCAGACAUUCCCAGACAGCAGAACUCUUCUGUUGCUGCUCCCAUGAUGGUCAGCAACAUUCUGAAGAGGUUUGCAGAGAUGAAUCCACCACGACAAGGUGAAUGCACAAUAUUUGCAGCUGUUCGUGAUUUAAUGGCUAAUCUUACACUGCCCCCUGGUGGGCGUCCAUAGACACAAUUGUUUUUAAACCAGGAAGGCUGACAAAAUGAGACAACAAAACAAAACAAAACAAAAACAAAAACAAAAACAAAAAAAAGUCUGCAUUCAGCCUUCAGUUUAAAAAAAAAAAGGACUUUUUUAAAAUUUUAAGAGCUAAAUAUUCUAAACUGGCAAAAUUUUUCAGGGUGUACUUCUUUCAUCAAAAAGACCAUCAAUCUUUUGUAUAGUGGACUUGUAUAGUGUGUUGAAGUGGGACACAUUUCAAAUUAGGUAAUACAUUUGUGUCCUCUUGCCAGUAAUAGGUUUAAUAUUGUUUUAUACUAUAAAAUAAUGAAAAUGCCAAACUUGUUUAUUUAAUCGUUUUCUUAUGUUUUGGGGUGUAAUAGUCCUUUUUGACUUCUUUUGUUUUGCUUUUGAGGCAGGCCUAUCAUUUUUGAAUACUGUAAAACUGUGACACACUUUAUAUUGAAGCUGUAUUUUAAUAUGACCGCUUUGAAUCCUUACAUGAAGAUGUUUUGGGUGUUGUUAAUAAACACAUCCAAAAGAAGCAAUAUAUGAUAAAACUAGGAUAAUAAAGUGACACUCAUUUGUGUGUAUAAGCUCUCUAGAGUUCUUAGGGCCUCCCCUCCAUCUUUAAUUUGGUGAGGCCAGUCAUGUCUUAAUUAUGUAUGUCUGAAAUUUGACCAAAAACAUUUUGGUUUCAAAAUUAAUUUAGUUCUUCAGACAUUCCUAACUUGACUGGUGAUAACAUUUAGCACCUCGGUUGUUCUUCAGUAUAGGAUUUGGAUAAAAUGAAAGAACUUAGGCUUUGAGAACAGACCGUGAUUUAUAAUGAUCAAGGAUCCCAAAUAAUGUAAUUGCCCUCAUCUGUUGAGGAUAUGGGACCCAUUGUGCUAGGAAGUUGUCUCUUAUAGGAUACUUCUGCAUACAGCAUUAAAUAGGAAGCCAAGGACUUUAAUGCUCUAACUUGUAUGAAGUUUCUGAGAUAUUACUUUAUUUAACUUAUUGCCUUCCCCAGCAAAAAUUGGGGUUUUUCUAAUCCCAAUUUAUUCCAUUGUCAAUAAAAUGAUAGGAUGUUUUGUUGGAAGAAACCUGGUCCAGUAAUUUUAAGAGUCCACAAGUUAGGGCCUCUCCCAGGGUCCAGUGGAAUUUCUUGUGCUGGUACAUCUCAACAGGAUUUUCUCCUAGAGUGCUGUACUCUGUAUCAGCCAGUCAGGGACUUUUUAAGCUUCAAAAACUAUGAUCAAAUUCAAGGGUCUUUUGAUGUAUCGAUAUUAUUUGUAAAAGGUCUUAAAAUGAUAAUAUGCCAGUCACUGUAAAGCUGUUCCUCCAUUAAAUUUUAGAUGCUUUAAUUCCAUUUUAAUGUGACUAAUCGAGCUUCUACAACUCCCAAAUUCUAGUUUUGAGCAUCUCACCACAACCAUAUUAUGCUUUCUCAACUGUGCUUGACUCGCCAUUCAUUUCCAGUCAGAGUUGAGACCUUCUGUCUUCUGUGUCUUAUUUCUGCCCUCAUCUCCUGCUUCUCACCCAACUCUGCUGCUCUUCCAGAGUAGGUGACUAAACUUUUAUUCUUCCUUUAACUUACCUUUUAUCCUUCUGUUUUCAGUUCUCUUUACAGUGGUAAUCACAUGGGUUUGGCAAUCUAAGAUGUCUUUAUCAAGGGUCAGCCCUUUUCUGUUUGGAGCUGAAUCCUUUCAUGUAGAAAUCUACAUGUAUAUACAAGAAAUGUAUUUUUAUCUGCAGGAUGAUAUUGUUUCAAAUAAUUUUAUUAAUAGAAUUAACUUUCCAGGUAUUUUCCCUUUCAAGUGUGAUUUUGAAAUGUUAACUGCAUUUUUACACCAUAUGAUGCAUUCAAGAAACUUUCGUAAUUAUAACUUACCUUUGAAUGCAUUGUGCACAUCAAGAUAAGAUUCAGUGAACAGAAUUUGAUUUUGAUGCUUAUUAAGAGUAAACUAAUGAAUUUGAAUUUUGAUAUCAUGCUUGGUACUUGGAAUUGGUAUAUACUUUAUUAAAGCUUGGAAAUUCGUAGCAUUUGAAUGGUAACUUUCAUCACCAACCAUGUCUUUUGCCUCUUUUGUUACCCAGGUUCAAUCAAAGAGACUGGAUGCUAUAGUGGUUUUCUCUAGUAGGUGAUUUGGAACUUAAUUUUAAGGUGUUUUCAAUGUGAUUUUAGUAUUUACAGUAAUAAAUAAAAUUUAUACAAGUUUCAGAGAA